AUGUAUAUCUGUAGUUUACCGCUGAACCCCAAGCCCUUUCUGAACGGUCUCACAGGAAAGCCGUGAUGGUGAAAGCUGGAAGUGGGGGGGUAUGAGUACAAGGGCUACCUGGUGUCCGUGGACGGCUAAAUGAACACUGCAGGUAUGUUGAUUAUAAUUAAUCUGGCCAACACAGAAGAAUCUGUGGAUGGAGCAUUAGCAGGUCAUCUUGGUGAGGUGCUCAUCAGGUGUAAUAAUGUUUUGUAUAUAAGAGGAGUGGAAGAAGAGGAAGAAGACGGCGAGAUGAGAGAAUGAAGAGUGACUUGAUUUCUGUUUAUAAGCGGAUUGCAUGAUUUAUUGGCUAUUUUGCAGUUUGUCUCAGUUUUAUGUCUUUUCUUUUUGUAAAAUUGUUAGUUUUAUUUUUGUACACGUACAAGUAUUGGUGGCACAAUGACAAAUAA